AUGAGGGGACGAGUUCUCUUUCUAGUGCUAUUGGUGGCCGCGGUGUGCACCGUCGACGCCGAGAGGCACCGUCGGCGGCACCGUCGCCCGCGCGUCACCACCACCACGGAGGCGGGGCCCCGCGCGGCGCCGGCCAAGGAGGACGCAGAGGCGGAACACCUAGAGCUGGGAAUGGCGGAGCGCAUGGACGAGCGACGCUUCCAGGAAUCUGAAAAGGCGCGCGUUAAUGAAAUCCUCAAUGAAAACUCCUACGAAGUUAAUGGUGAAAACGAAGGAAUUAGCGACGACCCCUGCCUGAAGGUGCACUGCAGCGCGGGCCGCGUCUGCGAGAUCGACGAGCACGGCGACGCAGUCUGCAACUGCAUCAAGGAGUGCCCGUACGAGACCGACUCGAGGCGUAAGGUGUGCACGCACCAUAACGAGACCUGGUCGUCGGACUGCGAGGUGUACCGGCAGCGCUGCCUGUGCCUGGACAACUCGGAGCUGUGCCGUGGGCCCCAGUACCACCACGUGCAGAUCGACUACUACGGCGCCUGCCGCGAAAUGCCCGCGUGCACGGAGAGCGAGAUGUCGGACUUCCCGCGGCGCAUGCGCGACUGGCUGUACAACAUAAUGCGCGACAUGGCCGAGCGCCGCGAGCUCACGCCCCACUACCUGCGCAUGGAGCGCGAGGCCGAGUCCAACCUCACGCGCCGCUGGACCAACGCCGCCAUCUGGAAGUGGUGCGACCUCGACGCGCACGACAACGACCGGUUCGUGUCGCGCCACGAGCUGUUCCCGAUCCGGGCGCCGCUGAUGGCCCUGGAGCACUGCAUCGGGCCGUUCCUCGACCUCUGCGACGAGGACAACGACCACCGCAUCACGCUGGCCGAGUGGGGCAAGUGCCUGCAGCUCGACGAGUACGAGUUGGAGGACCGCUGUGACGAGCUCACCGAUUCUGCCUCC